AUGAAAGGUAAAGGGAAACGGGCUGAAGUGAAGAAAUUGUCCGUUCGCUAUGAAACGGAACAGAAAACUGUGCGGCGUUGUUAUCUGUGUAGGGACCGGAAACAUUUGGCUGCAGACUGUCCUAUGAAGAAUAAAGGCACUAAGUGCUUCAGAUGUCAAGAAAAUGGUCCAAAUUGCAAAGUGGAGAUAGCGCACUGUAAGUUGAUUGCUUUGAUUGAUACAAAUUGUGAUUUGACAAUAAUGAAAGCUGAUCAAUAUAUUAAAAUAGGAGUACCAAAAUUAAAUAAUAAAAUUUUUAAAUUUCGUGGAAUCGGCUCUGAAAGUAAUAAUACUUGGGGGAAUUUGCGACAGAGGUAG